UAUUGCGAGCUCAGACCGCAUACCACUCCAUUCAUGCUGUGAGAAGCUCAAGACUCGGAACGCGGAGCUUUUGGGCGAGAAUCGUGACAGUCGUGGAAAUGCCUUCAAGUUUAAUAUUUUAACCAUGCUGAAGAAAACAAACCCCAAGAUCACAAUUAUUCGGCUGGCGGCCGAGGCUCUGGGGACGAUGUUAUAGACGACAGAGCAGAGACACGGAGCCCAGAGGACGCCAGGCCAGAGCUACACCACCAUCCCCUCCCUUCCUUCCUUCAGCCUGGUGUAGGACAGGCACAGCUUCAGUAGAGGAAGAAGAACACACACACACUCAGGAACCUCUCCUCACCUACCAGAGCCCAACAUGAUCUGCCACCCCACCCCAUCUCUGGGAGGCCCUCUCCUACCCUUCCUCCUCCUGUUGUCAGGGGUGUUAGCCACCAUUCCCAGCAACCUCAGGACAUUCUCCCCUCCAGAGGGGGGGCUCACACACCUGGUGGUCCACAACAAGACAGGUGAGGUGUAUCUGGGAGCCGUCAACUGGAUCUUCAAGCUGUCCAGCAACCUGACCAAGCUCCGCAACCACGUUACAGGCCCUGUGGUGGACAAUGAGAAGUGUUACCCCCCUCCGGGUGUCCAAUCCUGCCCUCAUGAACUGGCCCAGACCAGUAACGUCAACAAGCUGCUGCUGCUGGACUACGGUCAGAACCGCCUGAUCGCCUGUGGCAGCACCUCCCAAGGCAUCUGCCAGUUCCUUCGGUUGGACGACCUGUUCAAGUUGGGUGAGCCGCACCACCGUAAGGAGCACUACCUGUCCAGCGUGGCCGAGGCUGGCACCAUGUCUGGGGUGGUCAUCGGUGGAGACGCGGCCGGGGGCGGGGGAGGGGCCGGCAAGCUGUUUGUGGGCACGCCCAUCGACGGCAAGUCAGAGUACUUCCCCACGCUCUCCAGCCGCAAGCUGAUGGCCAACGAGGAGAAUGCCGACAUGUUCAGCUUCGUCUACCAGGACGAGUUUGUCUCCUCGCAGCUCAAGAUCCCCUCGGACACGCUCUCCAAGUUCCCCGCCUUCGACAUCUACUACAUCUACGGCUUUAGCAGCGAGCAGUUUGUCUACUAUCUGACCCUGCAGCUGGAUACCCAGCUCACCUCGCCCGACGCCAGCGGGGAGCAGUUCUUCACCUCUAAGAUCGUCCGUCUCUGCGUGGACGACCCCAAGUUCUACUCCUACGUGGAGUUCCCCAUCGGCUGCACCAAGGACGGGGUGGAGUAUCGUCUGGUGCAGGACGCCUACCUCAGCCGACCCGGGAGCAAGCUGGCGCGAUCGCUGGGCAUCUCAGAGCAGGACGAGGUGCUGUUCACGGUGUUCGCCCAGGGCCAGAAGAACCGGGCCAAGCCCCCCAAGGAGUCAGCCCUGUGCCUGUUCACGCUGCGCCGCAUCAAGGAGAAGAUCAAGGAGCGUAUCCAGUCCUGCUACAGGGGAGAGGGGAAACUGUCACUGCCCUGGCUGCUCAACAAGGAACUAGCCUGCAUCAACUCACCGCUUCAGAUAGAUGAUAACUUCUGUGGGCAGGACUUCAACCAGCCCCUGGGAGGAACCAGCACCAUCGAGGGUCUGCCUCUGUUCGUGGACAAGGACGAUGGCAUGACCUCGGUGGCGGCCUACGAAUACCACGGCCACACCGUGGCCUUUACCGGCACACGCAGCGGACGCAUUAAGAAGAUCCUGGUGAAUUCUAUCAACCAUCCUGCCAUGCUGUAUGAGAAUGGGGUGGUGAGCGAGGGGAGUCCCAUCCACAGAGAUCUGCUCUUCAGCCCAGACUACCAGCACAUCUAUGCCCUCACAGACAAACAGGUGAGCCGUGUUCCAGUGGAGAGCUGUGAGCAGUACUCCUCCUGCAGCGGCUGCCUGGGGUCAGGAGAUCCCCACUGUGGCUGGUGUGUCCUCCACAAUGUGUGCUCCAGGAAGGAUCGUUGUGAGAGGGCUGACGAGCCUCAGCGUUUUGCCUCCCGAGUGGAGCAGUGCGUCAAACUCAGUGUCCAGCCCGGAAACAUCUCUGUCACCAUGUCCAAAGUGCAGCUGGUGCUGCAGGCCCAGAAUGUGCCUAACCUUUCGGCAGGGGUCAACUGCUCCUUUGAGGACUACACUGAGACAGAGGGACGCAUCUUUGGGGGACGCAUCUACUGCCUGUCCCCUUCCACACGAGAGGUCGCCCCCAUCACACGCAACCAGGGGGACAAGCGUACUGUGAAGCUGUAUCUGAAGUCUAAGGAGACAGGGAAGAAGUUUGCCAGUGUGGACUUUGUCUUCUACAACUGCAGUGUGCACCAAUCGUGUCUGUCAUGUGUCAAUGGCUCGUUCCCCUGCCACUGGUGUAAAUACCGCCACAUGUGCACUCAGAACGCCAACGACUGUUCCUUCCAGGAGGGCCGGGUGAACAUGUCAGAGGAGUGUCCCCAGAUCCUGCCAUCCACCCAGAUCUACAUCCCCGUGGGGGUGAUGAAGCCCAUCACCCUGCUGGCUAAGAACCUGCCUCAGCCCCAGUCUGGACAGAGGAACUAUGAGUGUAUCUUCCAUAUCCAGGGAGCCACCUACAGCGUCACCGCCCUGCGCUUCAACAGCACCAGCAUCCAGUGUCAGAGGACCUCGUAUGACUAUGAGGGUAAUGACCUAAGUGACCUGCCUGUGGAUCUCUCAGUGGUGUGGAAUGAAAACCAAGUCAUCGACAACCCCUUCAACAUACAAGCCCACCUGUAUAAGUGCUAUGCGCUGAGAGACAGCUGUGGGAUGUGUCUGAAGGCUGACCCCAGGUUCGAGUGUGGCUGGUGUGUCCAGGAGAAGAAGUGUUCUCUGAGACAGGAGUGUGCCCCACUGGACAGCAACUGGAUGCACCCCACCGCUGGCAACAGCCGCUGUACACACCCCAAGAUCACUAAGCUGUUUCCGGAGACGGGGCCGAGACAGGGGGGCACUAGGCUGACCAUCACGGGGGAGAACCUGGGCCUACAGUUCAGGGACAUCCUGACAGGAGUGCGUCUGGGCAAGGUGCCCUGUAUCCCCAUUGAGGAGGAGUACAUAAGCGCUGAGAGAAUUGUGUGUUUGCUAAAUGAUGCCACGGGCUACCGGGUGCAGGAGGCCAACGUGGAGGUGUGUGUGAGGGACUGCCUGACGGACUACAGGGCCCUCUCACCCCGGGCAUUCACCUUUGUGACACCUUUCUUCACUCGAGUGCUGCCUGCUCAGGGUCCUCUCUCUGGGGGCACCAGGGUCACCAUUGAGGGCAACCACCUCAACGCCGGCAGCUCUGUGUUUGUCAACAUUGGACGCCACCCCUGCCACUUCAAAAAGAGGAAUGCCCGGGAGAUAGUAUGUGUGACCCCAGCGGGGCUGACCCCUGGCAGCACACCAGUCAUGGUGGACAUCGACUCUGCAGAGCUGAGGAACCCAGAGGUCAAAUAUAACUACACCGAUGACCCCACCGUCCUGAGGAUUGAACCCGACUGGAGCAUCGCUAGUGGUGGAACCCUGUUGACCGUCAGUGGAACUAACCUGGCCACCAUCAGAGAGCCUAAGAUCAGAGCCAAGUACGGCUCCGCCGAAUCCUUCCAUAACUGCACAGUGUUUAAUAACUCUGUGAUGGUGUGCCUGGCCCCGUCAGUAACCGACUCCGAGAGGGGAUUCUCAGACACGGGCAGUGGGCCGGAUGAGAUCGGCUUCUACAUGGACAACGUCCACGCUCUGGUGGUGGUCAACGAGACGUUCAGCUACUACCCUGACCCCGUGUUCGAACCCCUCAGCCCUACCGGGGUCCUGGAGCUCAAACCCACCUCCCCUCUCAUCCUCAAGGGUCGUAACCUAAUCCCUGCAGCGCCUGGUAACUCCAGGCUGAACUACACGGUGUUCAUCGGGGAGACCCCCUGUGUUCUGACCCUGUCUGAGACUCAGCUGCUGUGUGAAUGGCCCAACCUCACUGGACAGCACAAAGUCACAAUCCGGGUGGGUGGGUUCGAGUACUCCCCUGGUACUCUCCAGAUCUACUCAGACAGCCUGCUGACCCUGCCUGCCAUCAUCGGUAUCGGCGGAGGUGGUGGUCUGCUGCUAUUGGUCAUCAUCGCUGUGCUCAUCGCCUACAAGAGGAAGUCCCGUGAUGCUGACCGCACCCUGAAACGCCUGCAGCUGCAGAUGGACAACCUGGAGUCCAGAGUGGCCCUGGAGUGUAAAGAAGCCUUUGCAGAGCUGCAGACAGACAUCCACGAGCUGACCCAGGAGCUGGACGGAGCGGGCAUCCCCUUCCUGGACUACAGGACCUACGCCAUGCGGGUCCUGUUCCCCGGCAUCGAGGACCACCCCGUGCUCAAGGAGAUGGAGGUACGGGUCAAGGAGGUGCAGGCCAACCAGGAGAAGGCUUUGACCCUGUUUGGCCAGCUCCUCACCAAGAAGCACUUCCUGUUGACGUUCAUCCGCACCCUGGAGGCGCAGCGCUCCUUCUCCAUGCGUGACCGUGGCAACGUGGCGUCGCUCAUCAUGACAGCGCUGCAGGGGGAGAUGGAGUACGCCACAGGGGUUCUCAAACAGCUCCUAUCUGACCUCAUUGACAAGAACCUGGAGAGCAAGAACCACCCCAAGCUGCUGCUGCGCCGAACGGAGUCUGUUGCUGAGAAGAUGCUGACCAACUGGUUCACUUUUCUCUUGUACAAGUUCCUUAAGGAGUGUGCUGGGGAGCCUCUGUUCAUGCUGUACUGUGCUAUGAAGCAGCAGAUGGAGAAGGGGCCUAUAGACUCCAUCACAGGAGAGGCGCGCUACUCACUCAGUGAGGACAAGCUCAUCAGACAGCAGAUUGACUACAAGACCUUGACUCUCCACUGUAUGAACCCGGAGAACGAGAACGCCUCGGAGGUGACGGUGAAGGGGCUGAACUGUGACACCAUCACCCAGGUGAAGGAGAAGCUGCUGGAUGCAGUGUACAAGGGCAGCCCCUACUCCCAGAGACCCAAGGCUGGGGACAUGGACCUGGAGUGGCGUCAGGGCAGGAUGGCCAGAAUCAUCCUUCAGGAUGAGGAUGUCACCACCAAGAUCGAUAACGACUGGAAACGCCUCAACACACUGGCCCACUAUCAGGUGACGGACGGCUCAGUGAUCGCUCUGGUACCAAAGCAGAACUCAGCAUACAACAUAUCCAACUCUUCUACCUUCACCAAGUCUCUCAGCAGAUAUGAGAGCAUGUUGCGAACAGCCAGCAGUCCAGACAGUCUGCGCUCCCGCACUCCCAUGAUCACUCCUGACCUGGAGAGUGGUACCAAGCUGUGGCACCUGGUCAAGAACCACGACCACUCUGACCAGCGCGAGGGUGACCGCGGCAGCAAGAUGGUCUCUGAGAUCUAUCUGACCCGUCUGCUCGCCACCAAGGGUACGUUGCAGAAGUUUGUGGACGACCUGUUUGAGACCAUCUUCAGCACGGCCCACCGCGGUAGCGCCCUGCCUCUCGCCAUCAAGUACAUGUUUGACUUCCUGGACGAGCAGGCCGACAAACACUCCAUAUCAGACUCAGACGUACGGCACACCUGGAAGAGCAAUUGUCUUCCUCUGCGGUUCUGGGUGAACGUGAUCAAGAACCCUCAGUUUGUGUUUGACAUCCAUAAGAACAGCAUCACAGACGCCUGCCUGUCUGUGGUGGCCCAGACCUUCAUGGACUCCUGCUCCACGUCAGAACACAAGCUGGGCAAAGACUCGCCCUCCAACAAGCUGCUCUACGCCAAGGAUAUCCCCAACUACAAGAACUGGGUGGAGAGGUACUACUCCGACAUCUCCCGUAUGCCGGCCAUCAGUGACCAGGACAUGAGUGCCUACCUGGCUGAACAGUCCCGGCUGCACCUCAGCCAGUUCAACAGCAUGAGUGCCCUGCAUGAGAUCUACUCCUAUAUCGUCAAGUACAAAGAUGAGAUCCUGUCUGCGCUGCAGAAGGACGAACAGUCUCGUAGGCAAAGACUGCGCAGUAAGCUGGAGCAGGUCAUCGAUACCAUGGCCUUGGCCAGCUGAGGAACGGCCCGCCACUGAGGGUCGGAGAGGGUAGCAGCUAGGCCUUCUCUCACUGACCCCAGCUCCUAACCCCAACACAACGCGUAAGGACUGCAAGGACACAAGAAGUACACUGGAGACCCACCAGAGUUAGGCCUGGGCCCCGGCCCAUCCAAACAACCCCUCAUUUAUAAACACUAAACGUCCGUCUGUCGCCCCGAGAAAGUGUCUUAUCAUCGCGGUCUUCAUCACUGGUUUCAGUUUGUCUUCCAUGUUGAUUAUAUACCCACCUACAGGACAGGGACUGUGAAGCAGCUGGCUAAAGAAGCCAGGAGAUACAUAUAUAUAUAUAUAUAUAUAUAUAUAAGGGGAGCUAUGGAGAAAGGACUUCAUUUACAAAGGCCCCCCAUGGACGCUUCUGACGUGUCAGCAGUCUAUCAUCAGAGACUUCAUCAACGUUCAUGGACGUCAGUUUGAUUUUCAGAUCCAUUUUAUUUCUAUUUGGUUGAUUUAGUUGUUGGUCUUGUGUUUAACAACUGCCUACUCUCUCCGUUGGUGUGCCACUUGUGUUACUGCUGAAUUUGCACAAUUUACAAAAAAGCUACAUCAAAAGAAGAGGAUAUAAAUAUAGAUAUAUAGAUAUAUAAAUACAACUUCAUUUUUAAAGAAACACAUGAAAAUAGUCAAUUUCCAUUUUAAUGUACAAAAUACUUUGAAAGAAAAGGAUUUGAUAUUUCAAAGACUGAACUAUGAAACCUUGUCCUGUGCCAUGUUUGAUUUAAAUGUUGUUUAGUGAAAACUUUUUCUUUAGAUAAAAUGUGUUAUGAUUCUAAUGUUGUCAUGCCUAGUGACUGAAGGUGAGAGUAAAAUAAAAAAAUAAAAUAAAAAGUUAAAUGACAAAAAAAUUGUAGAAGCAAGUCAACAAAUCGUUAGGUCUUUGGGGCCUUUCCUGUCCUGGGAGAUCAUUUGUUUUAAUGGUACUGGAAAUUACUAUUUUAUUCCUGUAUUUAAUACAACCAGUGCUAUUGUGGCUUUUAGAAAAACCAAAGGCUUGUUUUUUUUUUUUUGUACAACUCAGAGAAAAACAGCCUCCUGUGUUAGCCGACAACCUCACAUUCACAGCACCUGAAUGAGCAGCCCUCUUGGUUGUAUCCACCACCUUGCUCGCCUCUGUGCACAGGCUCCGGACCACAGCAAAGUUACAUUACUUUUGUUCUGGGACCUCAAGCUUUUUUGGGAGGCAAGUAACAUGGCUUAAAGUACUGUGAUAUUAUGGACUCUGCUGUACCACAAAAGUCAGACUCCACAGAAGGAUUCAUUGGGCUUAGCGCCAUGUUAAAUGUAGCAAAGGUUUAAUUCACCCACUACCCUUUCAAAGCCUUCCUGAAGUUUUCCCACUGUCCCCUUCCCUCAGAUAGAUCACUGUUAGACUAUCCUACAGACUGUCAUGGCGGACACUGAGGUAGAGGUUUGCAGACGAAGAUGAGAGGAGUUUUUAGCUAAAGCUUUGAGUGAAGAGUAAUCCCUCCUGAUUUUUAGCCCGUGAGAGCAAGCAUUGUCACUCCAGUGAAUUCAACAGUUCUAUUUUAUUGCAAUUAAGAAGAUGGUUUAAUUGUUGUUUUUGGUGUGGUGAAAGUUGUAUGAGUUGUUUUCUUUGUACUCUGCAGAAACCAAACAUUGGUUGUGCAAGCAGAGUAGACUCUCCCAGGGUUUCCCUCAUGUUCUGUAACGGCAUCUGUGACGAUCGUCAUUCAAAAGAGAAAAGAGGACUUCUGAAGCACCAAGGAAGGUGAACAUUCAGAAUUCUCUUUUCUUCGUUUUUUAGUCUGCUGUGAAGAUAAGAAAACAGCGACAAAUAUUUUGAAAUGCAAACAUCUGUGAUGUGACAAGAUAAUGAAAUGUAGCUCAAUCUUUGUGUGUUUUCUAACUGCCAGGUGGCUUUCGUUUCCUCAGAAACCGGAUACCUUUGUGAAAUGUAUUGUCUCCCUUUAAUAUGUUGCAUCGAUUCCCCUUCGGUCAAUGUCCUCUGAGAGUAAAGGAGAUACGGAGGAAAAACAAACCAGAUAAAUGUUUGAGAAACCUCUGAAAUAUUUAGGUCAGUUCUCCGGUGAGAGCCGUGUGGAUCACACAGGCUAGAGUUGUGAUAUAUAACCUUGGGCCAUCUGUCCAUCCUACAUCAGGCUUCAACAAAGAUGGUGGGAUUUAAUGAAAAUGAAAAGCAUUUCCUCAGUUUAUUUAUUUAUAAUUGUUCAGUUUGAAAUGGGAGCAGGUCUCAACAACACAUUAUAUAUUUGUUUAGACAUUUCAGAAAAUAUAUGGAUAUUUUUUAUUCAUCUUAGUGUGCUGCAGGGCUCUUCCAUCCUUCUCUCUUGGUCAUUCUCCAAUAUCAACUCCCUCUAGUCUCUACUCUCCAUCUCAGUCCUGUCCUAGUGCUGGCAACUCAAUAAAGGUACUCCUAUACGGUACACCCCACCCUUCCACUAAUCUCUCCCUUCCCUCCCAACCGAACACAAAAGGCUGGACUGUAUGUAUGUAUUGUACUCUUUACUUGAUAUCUGAGAGCAGGGCGUAUGGAGUAGUUUAUGAAAUUCAACUUAAACAGGGUUAUCUGCUGGUUACUGGUUUUUCCCAUACCAAGAGAAGGCCUCUCUUAGUGCAGAUUCGGCAUUGACUUGACCACUUUUCUGUUCCUUCACCCUAUUUAUGAUGAUUUGUGAUGGUUCUGCUCCGUCACUGUUCUUCUGUUAAGCAUAUUUUAUUACCUGAUUGUGCACAUUUGUCUCCCUUAUUUGUUUAAUGGAUGGGGAAAUGUUUGUGUGUGCUGCCUCCCUCCCGCCACACAAGCUAGGCUUUGAUGACUGCGAUUGUAAAACAGCUGGUGGCGUUACAAAGUUUCCAGGAGGUUCUCUUGCUUUGAUGUCCUUUUGCUCCUCUGUUAUUUACGUGGAAGAUUUUUGGAUGAUGAUGAUGAUCAACAUCUUGGCGGGAUUAUGGAUUAAUGUGGUAAUCUGUAACGUUACUCUAUAGAGUAUCAAACAAGUUAUAUUGUAAGUACUGGGGCAGUUGGUCUCUCAUGUUAUGUUUUGUGUUGUUAUUUCAUUUUACUAUGCCACUUGUUGUGUAAAGAUGAAAAGAAAGGGACUUCUCUACAGAAGUCCUUUGAAGUAGUCUCUCCUUGUGUUUUGUUGUUGUGUCUGUCUGCCAUUGCGAGUUGGGUGGAAGACAGAAAGGAAAGCCAGAGGGAGCGAUCCAGAUGCUGUUUGAUGAACACAGAGCUUUCACUUUGCACAUAGUGCCUUGUCAGCUCCCCCUCCCCUUCCCACAACCCUGUAUGACCCCUCCAUUACCCACAAUCCACCACCUGACCAUGCCCACUCAUAACACUGUCACAGGUUUCCCCCUUUGCCACUGAACAACUUCUAUCCUUGUCCUCCUGAUUCCCUUGUUUGGUUUGUUUUUGCAUAUUGGAAAGCAGUUCCUUUUUUCAAAGUAAAGGAUGAAACAUAAAAAAUAUCUAGACACAGAUUUAAGAGGAAAUAGAACCUAAAGAGUUGUAAUACUUUCUGAAUUCUGAUACCUUUUUAAAGAGUUUCAGAUUUGAAGCAACUGUGACAGGUUGGCUGUUUCACGCUCGUGUAAAUAUUCUGCUCUUUCCUAUUUUGCAGAUUUAUUACUUGUAAAUAAACACGCAUAUAGGAGAGAUUAAACUUUUUUUGCAAAA